GAAGCAAAGGCAGCAGCGCUCACAUUCUCAUAAAGAGCCUAUCCUCUGAAGGACACACACAUUUAACUACAGACAGAUUAUUCAUGCAAAAAAAGAUGGAUAAGGAAUGUCAUUGUUUGACCAGCAGUGAUAGGUUUUUGAAUCCUAUCCUCUAUAACAUCCUGAGCCAAAUGGAUAGCAGCAGACCAAGUCAAGACCACUUUGACUACAGUUCAGUUCCUCAUAGAUGCAAAUGUGAGGCGCGCAGGACCCUGUGCUUGAAAAGACCCACUGAGAUCUGCAAAGCAGCGUCAGCCGUCCUGGUGAAAACUGUUCAUUUCAUGAAGAACUUACCUGCUUUCAACCAGCUACCAUCAAGUGACCAGUUUGCACUUCUGAAAAGUUGCUGGGCUCCUCUCUUCAUUUUGGGUCUGGCCCAGGAGCACGUGGACUUUGAGGUUGUAGACGUCCCUGCUGACAGCAUGCUGAAAAAGAUUCUCCUGAACCGUCAGGAAAGCCCGGAGCUGGAAAGGGAGCAGCCCACCGUGGCAGGCGUCAGUAAACUCAAGUCUUGCCUUAAAAAGUUUUGGAGUUUGGAUUUGAGCCCAAAGGAGUAUGCGUACCUGAAAGGGACCACGAUAUUUAAUCCAGAUGUACCAAAUUUAAAGGCGGGCCUGUUUGUUGAGGGCUUACAACAGGAAGCUCAGCAUGCUCUGAGCGAGGUGGUCCAGCUCCUUCACCCAGGGCAGCAGGAGCGCUUUGCUCGAAUCCUCCUCACAGCCUCCACGCUGCAAGGCAUCACACCCAGCCUCAUCACUGAACUGUUCUUCCGGCCCGUCAUAGGCCAGGCUAACCUGCUGGAACUGCUGGUCGACAUGCUCUUCUAAAGAUAGGAGCUGUGGACUUUGUGAAAACUAUCCUGAAGAAAGUUGAACAUUUUGAACGAGGAUGCUUCUGACAGCAUCCGUGCAGCACCCUCUCAUGAAAUGUAAGGACUCCCGACAGGGGGUUGCUAUGAAGCACACUUAUAAGAGCCAAGAAAAAGUGUGAUUUGCUGAGCACAGGAAUAUGAUUUGCUGACAUUUACACUGAAGCCGAGGUCACUUUAGCUCUGUCUGAGCAGAUUUCCUUCAAUGAAGUGGAAAGAUUUUACUUUCCACACGAGGGCUGACUGUGCUUUACUGUCCGUGUCCUUGAUCUUUUGUUAAGAAUCUUUUUUUUUUAUUUCAUUGUUGUAAAUAAAUGUUGCGUGUAUUGGCAUAAAAGUUCAAAUAAAUAUAUUUUUAUACACUGAAUGUUACAGUGAA